AUUCAUGAUCAAGCUGACCCUAUUCAUCACUUGAGAUGUUUGUUCACGAUCCUACCAAGACAAAAUGGAACCUGCGGUUUAUACUGGUCCAAAGCCUCAUCCGAGGCGCACUGUACCGCACUUCUUACUAUUUACGUCUCCGCGUGUCGCGCACGGAGGCACUUCGACGGGCACCAGAGAAAUGGCACUGCUCACCGCCCUUGCCUUCAUCCUCUCACUCGCCGCUCUCCUCCUAUACCUCCGCCGCGUGCGGACGCCGCGCCGCAGCAGCCUUCCGCCCUCCCCGCCGGCGGUCCCGAUCAUCGGCCACCUCCACCUCCUCUCCUCCAUGCCCCACCACGCCCUCGCUCGCCUCUCCUCCCACCUCGGCCCGAUUCUCCACCUCCGGCUCGGCCGUGUCCCCACCUUGGUCGUCUCCUCCCCACGCCUCGCCCGCGAGGUCCUUAAGACCCACGACGCCGCCCUAGCCUCCCGCCCUCGCCUUCUCUCCGGCGUCUACCUUUCCUUCGACUGCUCCGACGUCACCUUCUCCCCUCUCGGGCCCUACUGGCGCCAAGCUCGCCGCAUCUGCGUCUCCGAGCUCCUCUCCCCCCGCCGCGUCGCCUCCUUCAGCCGCCUCCGCCGCACCGAGCUCCGCCGCCUCCUUGGGUCCCUCAAGCCACCACCCACUUCCUCCUCCUCUCCUCCCCCGCCCGUCGACCUGAGCGCCCGGUUCUUCGCACUCGCCAACGACGUGCUUUGCCACGCGGCCUUCGGGCGGCGGUUCUCGGACGCCGGCGGGGGUCGGCUGGUGGAGGUGCUGACGGAGGCACAGGCGCUGUUCGCCGGGUUCACCCUCGGCGACUUCUUCCCCGGGCUGGGGUGGGUGAACUCCGUUACCGGGCUGACGCGGCGGCUGGAGCGAAACCGGGCCGAGUUGAGUGCGGUCUGCGACGAGAUAAUCGGCGAGCACGAAGCGAGGCUCGACGAGGCGGAUCGGGAGGAGGACUUCGUGGACGUGCUUCUGCGGGCGCGGAAGUCCCCAGAUCUGGAGGUGCCCAUCACCGACGACAAUCUCAAAGCUCUCGUCCUGGACAUGUUUGUGGCUGGCACUGACACAACCUCAGCAACUCUAGAAUGGGUGAUGACAGAACUCGCAAGGCACCCUCGAGUCAUGAAGAUAGCACAAGAAGAGGUGAGAAGCAUUGUCGGAGGCAAAACGGAGGUAGCAGAUGGUGACGUCGACCAGCUUCACUACACGAAGGCCGUCAUAAAGGAGACGUUUCGACUUCACCCUCCGGUGCCGCUCCUCGUCCCCCGGGAAUCCGUCGACCCCUGCGUCAUCGACGGCUACCACAUCCCGGCGAAGACGAGAAUACUGGUGAACACCUACGCCAUAGGGAGAGACCCCCAGGUGUGGGAGAAUCCGCUGGAGUUCUACCCGGAAAGAUUCGAGAACAGCGACGUGGACGUCAAAGGUCAGAGCUUUGAGCUGCUGCCUUUUGGUGGAGGGAGGAGAGGCUGCCCUGGAUAUCCUUUUGCACUGGCUACUCUGCAGCUCACUCUGUCGAGUCUGCUGUAUCAUUUUGACUGGGAGCUGCCUCCGGGUGUGGGAGCUGAUGAGGUGAACAUGGACGAGAUCUUUGGGCUGGCCACAAGGAAGAGGGAGCCCCUGGUGCUGGUGGCCAGAGAGAGAGCAGGGUGUGAGUUCGAGGAAGAUGAGUCAACAGACACUUGAUUACAUGAAUUCUGUGGAGAAAGUGAUGUGAAUGCAUGGUAUAAAAUAAAGACUGCUAAUGUUGAGAUUGUCCCAUUUGAUGUAUAAUGAUAACUAUCGAUUUGGUUUUA